AUGAUCGGUGCUGGCAGCGUGUGGCGCAAUGUGGGCUCUCCCUGGAUUGCCCUUAUUUUAUGGGCAAUUGGGGGUUUUGCGAGUCUCUGUGGAACUUUAACGUACACAGAGCUCGGAAGUCAGUUUCACAUCGGUGCUGGUGAGACGACUUAUUUGGAACACAGUUUCCCAAAGCCCCGCCUGCUCCUCAGUUACUCGUUUACCAUGGUGUACAUCACGAUAAUUCGACCUGCCGGAAUAUCGGCGGUAGCAAAUGUUUGUGCCCAGUACUUGUUAUUUGCGCUGGGAUUGAAUGGCAGCGACGGAUGCGAUUUAUACUAUGAUUUCCACCCUCAAUAUUUUAACGGACGCCACUUUUGGAGACUUAGGUUAGUUACCAUCGCAAUUUUAGCGGUGAUAGCCUUGUACCAUUCGCUCUCCAACAAAUGGUCGAAUAGGAUCAACCAGGCCUUGGCGAUGAUAAAAGUCUUGACUGUAUUGACUGUUGUCAUACUUGGAUUGUCUUUUGCAAAAGCGUUAGCAGAGAGAGCGAGCAAUGAAAACAGAAACUGGGAUAUGUUUUCUCCGGCAGAUCCUUCUUUCUAUGAGAAUGUCAGCGCUACGGAAUGGAUUCAAAGAUACAUAACUGCAAUGCUGACGAUUCUGUUUGCGUACUCGGGUUGGAACAAUCUUAACUACCUCACUGAGGAAUAUGAGAUGGGAGGUUCUUAUAUGAACCUUCUGAUAAGUAAUACAGGAGCAGUCGGGAUAGUCACUAUAUUGUAUCUGCUGGCCAAUUUUGCUUACACGGCGGUACUGAACGUUAGCACCAUAACCGGAAACACGGGGUCGGAUCCUAACGAAAUUAUAGGCAUUUAUUUUGCCACCCAAAUCAGCCAUGUCAACGAUGAGAUUGAUAAUCCAGACGCCACAGACAAAGCAGUGCGAGCGUUGGCCUUUUUCAUUGCUCUCAGUGCCUUUGGUGCUGCUGCCGUGUUGAUGCAAAGUGCUUCAAGGGUAAUAGAGUUAGCAGGCCAGCACAACUAUGUCCCGUUUAUUUCAACGUGGCUGUCAACUUGGAAUGCUCGACUAGGGACGCCCGUAAAUUCGUUUAUAGCGCUCUUUGCGUGGUGCUCCAUUCUGACCCUGAUAGUUCCCGGCAGCAGUCCGUUUGAGUUUCUAGCCGAGCUCGAGCAAUACUCAGCGUACUUUUUCCUCCUCCUCACAGCUAUUGGUGCAUUGGCAUACAGACCUCCGCCAGCAACUGCAACGAAUGCAACAGCUUUGCAAUGCCCAACCAAUUAUGUCAACACUUAUGCCGUUUUCGGUAGUAGUCUCGGAUUUGUGGUGCUGACUGGUGUAUUAUGGUGGUUCCUGGAAGAUAGAUUUACACGUGACGAAGAGAAGGAAAAAUGA